GUUUAUCAUAUUGAAGACUAGGCAGCAUGGUCUCCGACCUUAGCCUGCUCCAUAACGUAACAAACAUACUAAAAAAAAUUAAGUAACUGUCAAUGUCAAAGUGUCAUAUUUAUUUUUCUCUCUUUCUUUCCAAUUUUGGCUCCGGUGAACUUGUUGUACAAACAUGGGGAAAGGUAAUAAUAUGAUACCAAAUGGCCAUUUCCACAAGGAUUGGCAAAGAUUCGUGAAAACGUGGUUUAACCAACCUGCUAGAAGACAUCGUAGAAAGCAGAAUCGUAUCAAAAAAGCGAAGGCUGUUGCUCCGCGUCCUGCGGCAGGACCACUUCGACCAGUCGUUCGUUGUCCUACUGUUCGUUAUCAUACAAAAGUUCGUGCCGGGCGAGGGUUUACUCUCCGAGAAAUAAGGGCUGCUGGGCUGAAUCCUGCAUUUGCUAGGACCAUUGGCAUUGCUGUGGACCCACGUAGACGUAACAAGUCUGUUGAAUCUUUACAAACAAAUGUUCAACGUUUGAAAGAGUACCGUGCACGUCUCAUCCUCUUCCCUAAGGGCAAAAAGGUAUUGAAGGGUGAGGCAAAUGAAGAGGAACGCAAAUUAGCCACACAACUUCGUGGUCCUUUGAUGCCUGUACAACAGCCUGCACCCAAAUCAAUUGCACGUGCUAUCACUGAUGAAGAAAAGGAUUUCAAAGCAUACCAAUAUCUUAGAGGGGCUCGCUCAAUUGCAAAACUUGUGGGUAUCCGUGCUAAGAGAUUGAAAGAUGCUGCAGAAAACCCAGAUGAUGUCACUAAGGCUCCUACUGCUGUAAAAGAGGCGAAAGCUAAAAAGUGAUUGUAAUAAUUAAAUAAAUGUAAACUGAAAA